AUGAGAAUCAGAUUGGAGAAACUGGAGCGCGGGCGAUUGCCGAGACACUCAAAGUCAAACACGCUGACUUGGCUCAAGCUGAACCGGAAUUGCAUUGGCGAAGAUGGUGCGCGGGCGAUUGCUGAUGCACUCAAAGUGAACUCGACAUUGCGGUGUUUUUUGCUUAAGCAGAAUCAGAUUGGUGAUGCUGGAGGGCAGGCAAUCGCUGAAGCACUCAAGGUCAACACAAGGCUGACUGACCUCUUAUUGGCAAUGCGGGAGCGCGCACUCAAGGUGAACUCGACGAUGUCCCGGCUCUAUUUGGAAGACCAUCUGAUUGGCGAUGCUGGAGCCCAGGCGAUUACCGAAGCGUUCAAGAUGAACCCGAAGCUUGUGAAUGUUUUCGUUUACGACCAGAUUAACCCUCUUGCACUCUCCUUACUUCCACGCCUCGCAACCGCUGACGACCUUCAGACCGUAUUUUGCUUGCUGACCAGCGGACCGGCGCUAGAGGAUCAGUCUACAUUUCUACCAGCAUUACCAGCCGAGAUUGCCGACAUCAUUAUGGACGAAGCGCAAUACUGGCAAGGCGUGCAGCACAUCAAGCGAUGCCAGUUUGAUGAUGACUCCCUCGAGCAUAUUCUGAAAGUCACACUGCCUCAAGGCGUUAAUGGGAAUUCAAUCCGUGUAAAAGCAAUUCAAGCGCUUCGUGAUAUGGGAAACGGUUUCAACAGCAACGGCAGCAGCGGCUUUGAUUUGAUUGUCCGAGAUGAGCAAGGUGCUGUUCGAUACGAAUGCGCUGCGGAAGCGACUAUUGUCGAUUCUACACUCGUAUCCGCGCGCGUGGGUUGGCAAGUUCAGGUUCAACCCAGCAAGUCUGCCCGAGAUGUGGUAUUCGAAUCGCUCGUCGUUAAAUGCAUGUAG